AUGAUGAGAUUGGUCUUCUUCCUGGCUUUGUCACUUGCUGGGAUUAAUGUCGUCUGCUCCUUCACUGAUUCCGGCGACUCCGCUGCGCUCCAAUCUCUAAGGGCAAUAUGGGAGGACACGCCGCCGAGCUGGGCGAAAGAUGACCCCUGCGGGGUACCUUGGGAUGGCGUGACCUGCAACGAUUCGAGGGUGACCGCAUUGGGCCUUUCGUCUAUGAACAUCAAAGGGUCAUUGACCGGUGACAUAGGAGGCCUGACGGAGCUAAGUUCUUUGGAUCUGUCCUUUAACAAAGACCUCACUGGUUCCGUCACUCCCCGACUUGGAGACUUAUCGAAGCUUAAUACUUUAAUCUUAGCAGGUUGUGGCUUCACUGGCAACAUUCCUGACGAGCUUGGCAAACUUUCUCAGCUGACCUUCCUGGCUCUCAACAAUAAUAAGUUCACCGGUACGAUUCCUGCUUCUCUGGGGAAACUGUCACAGCUCAGUUGGCUCGAUUUGGCCGAAAACCAGUUAACUGGACCUAUACCGCUCUCCAAUGGCAGCACCCCUGGUUUGGAUCUUCUCCUACAUGCCAAGCACUUCCAUUUCAACAAGAACCAGCUCUCGGGUCCAAUACCGCCGAAAUUAUUCAGCGCGAACAUGUCACUGAUACAUGUAUUAUUCGAUGGUAAUCAAUUUAACGGAUCAAUCCCAGCCUCAUUAGGGCUUGUUCAGACACUUGAGGUUCUUCGUCUUGACAGGAAUUCCUUUUCGGGAGAAGUACCAUCAAGUAUCAGCGAACUUGUGAAAGUCAACGAAUUGAGUUUAGCGUUUAACAGACUGAACGGUUCUUUCCCCGAUUUUGGCAACAUGAACUCGCUUAGCUCCGUGGAUCUUAGCAACAAUUAUUUCAAUCCGACAAACGUUCCAGAUUGGUUCUCAACCUUACCAUCGCUUACCGCUCUGGUUGUGGAAUAUGGACCGCUGCAAGGGACUCUACCAAAAGAAAUCUUCAGCAAUCCACAACUUCAACAAGUAAAAUUGAGAAACAAUGAACUCACCGGCGCCUUGAACAUGAGCGACCACAUUAGCCCGCAACUCGAGCUCGUCGACCUGCAGUAUAACCAGAUUUCCUCGGUCACGCAGAAUUCCUUUUCAUAUACCAAUACACUGAUGUUAUUAGGCAAUCCAGUCUGCAACACAACUCUUCAGAAUACCAACUACUGUCUGCCUCAGCAAUCUGUGAAGUCUUAUUCCACCAAUGUCACGGCUUGCGGGACAAAAUCAUGUCGACGCGAUCAAAAGCUCAGCCCUCAUAGUUGCAGUUGCGCUUUUCCAUACGAAGGAACAAUAUAUUUCAGAGGACCUUCCUUCAAGGGAAUAAAUGUGAAUUUGUUUCAGGAACUAGAAAAGAGCCUCUGGAUGAAACUGGACCUUGGCCCAGGGUUGGUUUUCAUAGACAAUCCCUUCUUCAAUACAGACGACUAUCUGCAAGUUCCGGUGGCGUUCUUCGCGGCCAAGGGGAAGUAUUUCAACCGGUUGGAGAUCUUGAGGUUGGGAUUUGACUUGAGCAAUCAAACCUUUAAACCACCAAGAGAAUUUGGUCCUUAUUACUUCAUCGCCUCACCUUAUGCUUUUCAAGUUCAUAGAUCCUGGAGCUCUGGGGCAAUAGUUGGCGUCACAGUUGGAUCUGGAAUUCUACUACUUGGCCUCAUUGCAGUAGGUACAUACGCGGUUCGGCAAAAGCAGCGCGCCGAGAAGGCUAUCGGCUUGAGCAGACCCUUCGCGUCGUGGGUACCGAGUGGUAAGGACAGUGGAGGCGCGCCUCAGCUGAAGGGAGCGAGAUGGUUUUGCUAUGACGAACUCAGAAAGUGCACCAAUAACUUCUCUGAGAAAAAUGAGAUCGGUUCUGGAGGCUAUGGCAAGGUCUACAGGGGGAUGCUCCCCAAUGGACAAAUGAUUGCCACCAAAAGAGCUCAACAAGGAUCGACGCAGGGCGGUCUCGAAUUCAAGACAGAGAUCGAGCUCUUAUCGAGAGUUCAUCACAGAAACCUCGUCGGGCUCGUGGGUUUCUGCUUCGAGCGGGGAGAGCAGAUGUUGAUCUAUGAAUUUGUGCCUAAUGGAACACUCAGAGCGAGCUUGUCAGGAAAAUCCGGCAUUCACCUUGAUUGGAGGAGGCGACUCCAGAUCGCUCUCGGGUCUGCUAGGGGGAUAGCAUACCUACACGAACUUGCGAAUCCUCCUAUAAUCCACCGAGACAUUAAGUCGACUAACAUCUUGUUGGACGAAAAUCUAAUGGCAAAAGUUGCCGACUUCGGCUUGUCCAAGCUGGUAUCGGACAGCGAGAAGGGGCAUGUUUCGACUCAAGUCAAGGGCACACUGGGCUAUCUGGAUCCGGAGUACUACAUGACCCAACAACUAACGGAAAAGAGCGAUGUGUACAGCUUCGGCGUGGUCAUGCUCGAGCUGAUAACCGCUAGGCAGCCGAUCGAGAAGGGUAAGUACAUUGUGCGGGAAGUGCGCACGGCGAUGGAUGCCAAGGACGACGAGCACUACGGCCUGCGGGGAAAGAUAGAUCCGUCGAUCAGAAACUCGGGAUUUCUCGUCGGCUUCGCUAGAUUCCUGGGGCUGGCCAUGAGGUGUGUCGAGGAGUCGGCCUCGGACCGCCCCACAAUGAAUGAGGUGGUGAAGACGAUCGAGAGCAUCCUGCAGCACGACGGUAUCAGCACGAGCUCGACUUCUGCUUCGUCAACAGCCACGGACUUCGGGGCAUCGAGGGGACCACCUAAGCAUCCUUACAGCGACACAAAACCGAAACCGGAUACCAGCAACGAGAGCACCGACUCCUUCGACUACAGCGGCGGGUACACAGUUUCCACGAAGAUCGAACCAAAAUAGCAGAUCACCGUCUUCAAACUAGUUCUUUUCAGCACUUGUGAUUCAGAUGUUCCAGUCACUAGUCUUCCAAUCUUUUCCUUUCGAAGAAAAUUAUAACUUGGCUUCAUUGCAAUAAGAGAUGACACACGGGUAAGGCUGCAGCAAAAUGAGCAGAACUUUUUGAGGAAGACUAGA